AUGUUGCCAUUAAUCCUGAGUUGGGCAUCGACCGUUCAUAAGAUGCAAGGCUGUACAGAUCAUGCAGAAAUUUAUUUGGGCUCUCGGCUAUUUGCUGCUGGACAAGCAUAUGUAGCACUUAGCCGGUGCAGAUCUUUGGACGGUAUUCGAAUUGAAGAACUUGAUUGCUCAAAGUUGACAAGUAAAACCCCAUGUAACAGUGAAGCAUUAGAUGAAAUGAUUCGACUAAGAAAUAAUAAUUCAUAA